AAUGAAUGCGUCUGAGGGAUUUGGGGUCCUCAACUUGACUCGAGAACAUCUGGACGGCGCGAGAGGCUGCUGCAACUUCACAUCUGCCGCCGCGUCUGUCGGCACCGGCACCGGAGACGCGUUCAUGCACGAGCGCGAGCAGUUCGUGGCUCGGCUCGUGCAGAUCGCCGUGCUUUGCGUGCUCUCACUCACCGUCGUCUUUGGCGUCUUCUUCCUCGGCUGCAAUCUACUUAUCAAGUCCGAGAGCAUGAUGAACUUACUGGCGGAGGAACGCAGACCGUCAAAAGACACGGAGCUCAUCACGGCCGCGUGACGGUCGGUGUUUAGGGGAACGGGGUGAACCGGCGCUCGUGCGCUCACCCCAGACAUGUC